AUGUACUUCAGGAAUGGAUACAUCCCCCUAGACAAGAAGGACCCUUUUUACCAAGCUGAAGUUGAACGCGAACGACUCAACGGAUUCCCACUCUGCAUGUGCUCCAAUUGCAUGGAGAAUGAAGCUACUGUCUUGGUGCAGAUUAUGAAACAGUUGAAUAAAGAAAAUUUUACCGAUUACAUCUCAAAUCGAGUUUCACUAGCGGUUGGGCCUACCGUACAACACAAGAGAAAGUACACAACGACUAGGAACGGACCAGUAACAAAAAAACAAGAGCGACUCAGGCUAGCACCCCUCAAACAAAUGUUGAAAAACGAUUUCCAAGCAUUCUUUGAAGCCACACUGCGUAAAGGAGAGAGCGCGGUACCUUCAGAUUUUUUUGGCAAAGACGAGCUGAAUGCCAUCGUCAAGUAUUAUGGCCAGAUUGAAUCUGACAGCGACCUUCGACGUAUCAUCAAAGGCGAGGCGCUUGCAGGGCAGCUGACAAUGCUGAUGAACACGAUCAGGAAGUUUCGAUCGGGGACAAGGCCGCAGGAUCAUUUCGGGACGUGGCCGCAGGUUGAUUUUCGUGGUACGAACGGUGGGGAAGAGCAGGCAAUUGAACAUAAGAUGCAGGUGGAGGAUGGAGAAGUAGGAUUUGGAGUUGACGUUCAACAGCUGGCAUCUACUACGCCGUCAAAGCGACCUCGAAAGAAUGCAGUAUCCCCCGAGGUCCAGCGGCAGCGAGACGAAGCGGCGGCGAUGCAAACAAGGAUCAGAGAGGAAAAGACAGAAGCACGACGACUUGAAAAAUUGGCUAAACAUAAACGACUAGCUGCGCAAGCGGAAAUAAUGGCUGCAGUGAAAAGGGAUCAUGGUCUGCUCUAG